UAGUUUAAGAAAUUUACCCAAAAUCAAACCAUCACCCCGAACAUAAAAGAAUUUACUCAUAUGCUAACCUAACCCCAGCCAAGAGUAAACAGGAAAGAGGUUGUUCUGAGUUCUGACUGAUUUUGGUUUGAGAGCUAAAACUAAAAGAGAAGCCAAGAUCCUUUGCUCGUGGUAGAUGCUUUCGUUUUUCCAGAUGAGACCAACAAGGGUAUUAUCCAAACAAGCAAAGCUGCUUCUGCUGUCUAAACACGGAACGACGACGAGAUUUCCUCCAUUUUUUCGCUUUCUAACCGUUGAAGCUGACGCUUCACAACUACCACCACCGCCGACAACGACGACGACAGACGGUGCAGCAAAUGUGAACCAGGUAGUGGAGCUGCUACGAAGUAAGGAUGACAACUGGGACGACGAAGAACUCCGGCGACUUCUCUCCUCCGCCGCCUCAGUUUUCACCCCUCCUCGUCUACUCCAAGUCAUUCGACGCCUAGGCGACAGUGCUAAAGCCCUCAAAUUCUUCGAAUGGUUACAAAAAGACCAAUUGUCAUCGUUGUUGUCUCUUCCAUCGGCGUCGUACGCCUACGAGGCUAUAUUCGAUCUCGCCAGCAAAGAACCCAACCAUCUCCUGAAGCUCUCUGAGCUCCUAAUUACAUCCAAUGCCCAUGGCGUUCCUCUCACUUCUGGGUCCGCAUCCAUAGUGGUUUAUCAUUUCGGAAGAGCCCAGAUGGUCACAGAAUUGUUACGAGUCUACGACGUACUCGACCCCUCACUCCGCAAGACCCGUCUUUGCAAUUCCAUUGUCGAUCCCCUCCUCAAAUCUAAUCGUAUUGAAGAUGCUCUGCGCAUUCUUGAUGAUAUGCUUAAACCGGAUUCACAGUGCCCUCCCAAUGACUUUACUGGUUCUAUCGUUUUCAUUACGUUCUUGAAGAGUCUCAUACCUGGAAGGAUUUUGAAUGAAGAACAAGUAAUUCGGUUAAUCUCUAAAUUAGGCGAACAUGGGGUCUUCCCUGACGUAAUGCGGCUCACCCAAUUGAUUACGAAGUUAUGCAGAGGAGGUAACACCGAUCUGGCUUGGGAUUCUCUACACGCUGUGAUGAAAAUGGGCGGUCCCGUGGAGGCUCCUUCAUGCAAUGCCCUGUUGACUUGGUUGGGCCGGAGCCGGGAUUUUGAGAGAAUGAACUUGGUUUUGGCCGAGAUGAAGGAGAUGGGUAUUCAACCCAAUGUUGUAACUUUUGGAAUUCUUAUUAAUUAUCUAUGCAAGUCUCGCAGGGUUGACGAGGCCUUGCAGGUGCUCGAGAAAAUGUCUCGUGAAGAUGGAAGCGGUGGUGUUGCUAUUCAACCAGAUGUAAUCACUUUCAAUACCCUGAUAGAUGGACUCUGCAAGGUUGGGAGGCAAGAAGAAGCGCUGGAUUUGGCAAACAGGAUGAAAUUGCAACAUGGAUAUUCUCCCAAUACCGUUACCUACAACACCCUGAUUGACGGAUUCUGCAAGGCAGGAGAGAUUGAUAGAUCCCGUGAGCUGUUUGAUCAAAUGCAAGAAGAGGGCGUUGCCCCCAACGUUAUCACGCUUAACUCCCUGGUUGAUGGGAUGUGCAAGCAUGGCAGGAUUAGCAGCGCUCUUGAAUUCUUCCAUGACGUGCAAAGUAAGGGUCUGCAAGGGAACACCGUUACUUACACCUCCCUGAUCAGUGCUUUCUGCAACGUGAAUAACAUUGUGAAGGCAAUGGAGUUGUUCGAUGAGAUGAUAAGCGUUGGGUGUUCCCCUGAUUCAGUCGUUUACUACACAUUGAUUUCUGGCUUCAGCCGUGCCGGGAGGUUGGAUGAUGCCUACUCUGUCGCCUUGAAGAUGCAAGAAGCUGGGUUCUGCCUUGACACGCUGAGCUACAAUGCUCUGCUAAGUGGGUUAUGCAAGAAAAAGAAAUUGGAUAAGGCCUAUGAAUUACUCAGAGAGAUGGAGAAGAAGGGAAUUAGGCCUGAUGAAGUCACAUACAACAUACUCAUCUCCACUUUGUCCACAGCUGAAGAUUUCUCCAAUGCUCGCAUGCUAUUGGAAAAAAUGAUUUCAGAUGGAUUUGUGCCUACUGUAGUUACAUAUGGAGCAUUGAUAAGAGGGUACUGCAGAGCUGGUAACCUAGAUGAAGCUAUGAACAUUCUAAGAGACAUGGAUUCAAUUUCAAAGGUCCCACCCAAUACUGUGAUAUACAAUACUCUGAUCGACUCCUUGUGCAAGGAAAAAGAGAUUGAAGCAGCCCUCUCUUUGAUGGACGAUAUGCAAGCCAAGGGGGUGCUUCCAAACACCACUACCUACAAUUCCAUAUUCAAGGGCCUUCAGGAGAAGAACUGGCUGGACAAGGCAUUUGAACUUAUGGAUCGCAUGAAUGAACAGGCUUGUAAUCCUGAUUACAUAACCAUGGAGGUUCUCACUGAAUGGCUGUCGGCCAUUGGCGAGACAGCUAGGUUGAGAAACUUCGUUCAUGGCUAUGAGGUUUCUUCUUCUCCGAGCGUUAGACAACAAAAGGGAGAUCCUUGGAAUAACUCUUCCGCUUGUCACAAUGCUCAUAAAAUUACCUCAAUUUAAGCUAUUAAAAGGGUUUUGGUAGACAAAAUUUAGAUGUUUUGCUUGUCAGUUGUCUCCUAGAUUAAUUUUUCCUUUAUUGUUAUUUGUUUUGUUUUUGGGCAGACGUAAGGUCUAGGGCUGCAAAUGAUAUCCAUUUAUCUGAAGUUAAUUAUCAAGUCCGAACGCUAUUCCAUUCAACUAAAAUCAGGCA